AUGGAUGAGUCAGGGUUGACAACUGUACAAAAUACUUCUAAAAUUUUUGCGUUAAAAGGAAAGAAGCAAGUGGGUGCUAUCACCAGCGGGGAAAGGGAAGUGCAUUCAACUGUAGAUGCGUGCAUGAGUUCAUUAUACGACGGAGCGCCCGUUGGGACUUUAUGUUUGUACAAUGAAUCAGGUUACAUCACCGGGGAACUAUUUGUAAAGUGGAUGGAACACAUUAUUAAACAUGUUUGA